UUCUUUUUCAUUAUUUUUUUUUUUUUAAAAAAAUGGAUAAAGCUACUAUUAAGGCCAUCAUAUUUGAUAUUGGAGGAGUAUGUGUUGGUUCACCUAUGGCUGGAAUUCAUCGAUUUGAAGCAAAAUAUGGAUUACCUAGGAACUAUAUCAAUGUAGCCAUUGUUAAUCAAGGUGAUUAUGGAGCAUUUCAAAAACUAGAAAGAGGCGAGAUUAAGCUUCAAGAUUUUUAUAAAGAUUUUGGUAGCCAAUUAUCUCAUCCGAUAAAUAAGGAACAUUAUAAAAAUUAUCUUGAAAGAUUGGGAAAAGCUACUUCAUUGGAUAUUGUUCUAGAAAAUGUUAAAAUUGAUGGUAAAGAGCUAUUUACAACGAUGAUGGCGGAGACUGCUAAAUUAGACCCUCAUAUUUAUUUGGCCAUUCAAAAACUUAAAGCCAGUGGUAAAUUUAAACUUGUAGCAUUGACAAAUAAUUUUGACUUACCCGAAGAUGAUCUACAGGAAGCUGAGGCUAUGGGUGCUUCAGCUACGAUAAAACUUCGCGAUUUGUUUGAUUAUUUCCUUGAGUCUCGAUUAAUUGGUUUAAGAAAACCUGACCCAAAGAUUUAUCUAUAUGCUUGUAAAGUAGUUGGUAUUCAACCUAAUGAAGCUAUUUUUCUAGAUGAUAUUGGUAUGAAUCUACGCUCAGCUAGCAAACUUGGAAUGAAAACUAUUCAAGUGAAAAUGGGCCAGUCGGAAUAUGCAAUUAAGCAAUUAGAAAUAUUAACAGACUUAGACUUGCAUAGCAAAGAGGAUUCCAAGCUUUAAUAAUACAUUAUAUGUAUACAUAUUACAUUGAGAAUAAAUUUGAAUCAUAGAUUACAUAAA